CAACAUACUCCUUCUCGUCCUGCACAUGUAGCAGCCACAGAGUUGGGAAGGCUGCUGCAGGCUGACCUGUUGCAGAGACUCCUCAUCCCUUCACCUUGGUCACGUUUUCAUCACCCUGCAACCCAAACGAGCGGAAUAGAGACAAGUUGCAGCAAUGCCGAGGUCGUCGUGGUUAGUGCUCCUGUGGCUUUUUUCUGACAUAGAUGCUGGGUCACUUGCGUUGGAAGAAGCAUCAAUUAGCCAUCACUUUGAAGUGGAUUCCAGGAAAAUGCCAAGUGUUUCCCAAUCUUCAUCAAUAGGUGUGGAUGAUAUUGCACAAAUGCAAUCAGAAGAGCAGCUGCCGGACUUCGGAAAGCUGACUGCAGAUCGAGAAAAAAGAGGAGCUUCAUGGCGGAAGAGGAAACAUGCAGCCACAGUGGACUCUUUUGCAUAUAGAAUAGCAGGUGUAGGGCGACCCCUGGCGGGCUGGAGGAUGAACAACAAAGCAGAGGAUGCGAGCAGCGCUUUAAUGGUCAUGUUGAAGGAACUUCAUUCUGAGAAGAGGAAGCUGAGCAAUCAAGGGGAACCCCAGAAGAAAGAGGAGGACGAUGACGAUGAUGAUGAUGAUGACGACGAUGAUGAUGAUGAUGACGAUGACGACGACGACGACGAUGAUGAGGAAGAAGAUGAGGAGGAGGAAGGAGAGGAGGAAGGAGAGGAGGAAGGAGAAGAAGAAGAGGAAGAGGAAGAGGAACCAACUGAAGCUCCCAGCAACCAAACAGAAACAAGUGUCAGUCCCCUGGCUCAGUGUCAGACUGACAGCAAGGAAAUAAGCUGCAGGGAUGUCGGCAUGACUCACCUGCCAAUCAUCAGCAACCUGGAGGCCACUAAGCUGGACAUAGCAGGUAACAACAUCCGAAUAAUUGAUCCUGAAGGUUUCUCCGGCCUGCCAAAGCUGAAAACAUUGGACCUCAGCAAAAACCAACUGAUUGAUGAGUCAUUCAGCCAAAAGCAACUGUAUAACUUGACCUCGCUGAAGAAGCUGAACUUAGACGGCAACCAGCUCACAAAGAUACCGCCGUUGCCGCCGUCUCUUGAGGAGCUGAGCCUGAACAACAACAGGCUCGCCGCCCUCUCCCUUCACUGUUUCACAGGUUUGACCAACCUGUUGAGCCUGGAGCUGGAAGACAACAGUCUGCACGAAGGCACCGUGUCACGCCAUGCAUUCAAACACCUCAAGAGGCUUCUUCAUCUCAAGCUAGAGAACAACCGCUUCCGCUCGCUUCCUCACGGCCUUCCCUUCUCUCUGCAGACAUUAGAGAUGGAUAGGAAUCUGAUAGAGGAGGUGACAGGGGAGCCACUGAGGGGCUGCACUCGUUUGACAGAACUGGACCUGAGUCACAACCAACUGUACAAUGAAGGCCUCAGCCAACGUGCCUGGACCCGCCUCAGAAGCCUUGAAGCCUUGGACCUGUCUUCCAACCACCUGAGAACGGUGCCAAUGAAUCUUCCUCGUCCUCUCCAAAAACUCAACCUUCAACACAACAACAUAAGCCACAUCCCUGCCCUCACCUUUCGCCACAUGCGGCCCGGCCUACGCUCACUUGAUCUGUCCCACAAUGCAUUGAGGAAUGAGGGUAUCGAGCGAGGAUCUUUUGUCGGAACGUACCGCUCGCUGGUUGAACUCCUGAUGGACAAUAACAUUCUUGGAGAGGUCCCUCGCUGGGUACGGCAGUUUAAGAACCUGCAGAGGCUGAGACUGGACAACAAUCAUAUCAGGCUGGUGAGGCAGUGGGAAGUGUGUCACCCAAGAAAUUCUGGCUCCACUUUGUCCUCCGUCCACUUGGAAAAUAACCUGCUGGUGGUGGAGAAGAUACCCCCCAAUGCCUUCACGUGUCUCACGGAUGCACAGGGACUAGUCCUCCAUCCUCAGCAGGGUUCAAUAACUACACUUGAACAUGAGCUCAACACAAGUUGGCAAGAAUUAGUAUGACAAGUUACCGUAAUAAUCUCCUCAACAGUGCAGCAACUCGCUCGAAAAACAUUAUCUGAACAAUAUUUAAUUGAGAAAAUGUCCAGAUAUUUUCAAAACUCAUGGGAUAUGUUAUAAAAAUGUUCAUACUUUGAUUCAUAUGGAAAUAUAUUGUCAUAAAAUAUAAUAUGAGGUACUGAAUUAAAGGUCAUGCUCAGAUACAAGUAUAUAAUUCAAUAUAUUAACUUUCAGGACCAUACAUAAUUUAAUAGCAGUAAAAUAACACCAAGAUGAUAAAGUCCUCAUGGAGUUAAGACUGUAUAAAAAAUUGUGGGACCGAUUUUUAUUUUCUGAAUUUUGCUCAACUCCAUCAAUCAACUUCAGUCCUAACUACAAUAGCUAAUUUGCCUUUGUACUGAGACAUUUACUUUCUGGAAGUAUAAUCAUUUUAUGCACAUUUUUUCCAAAUAAAAAAUUCCGACAUAAUUACAUCAAAUUGGCAUUAAAAAGUAAAAAAAGUAACAAAAAACAAAACAUGGCAUGUUUGUUAUGAUUGUUUAGGACUGAAGUUGAUUAAUACAUUAGAGCUAAAAAAAAGUAAAAAAACAAACAAAGACAAUUAAACAAUUUUUUUCUCACACGCCAAACUCCCUGAGACUUUUUUGUCCUGCUGCUACUUAACUGUGUUAGAAAUUAUUUGACGUAUGGUAAAUGGGUUGUACUUGUAUAGCGCUUUUCUACCUUUUUAAGGAACUCAAAGUGCUUUGACACAAUUUCCACAUUCACACAUUCACACACUGAUGGAGGGAGCUGCCAUGCAAGGUGCUAACCAUGACCCAUCAGGAGCAAGGGUGAAGUGUCUUGCUCUAGGACACAACGGACGUGACUAGGAUGGUAGAAGGUGGGGAUAGAACCAGCAACCCCUUAGGUUGCUGGCACAGCCACUCUUCAAACUGCACCAUGUAUGAAAGAAUAAUAAUAAAAUAAUAAAAUUGCACAUUAAAAAACUCCUGCAGGAAAAAAACAUCCCAUUCAGAGUAACAGUACCAAAGUUAUAAUAAAAAAUAGAGCAAAAAUGUAACUGAAAGGACCGUAUUUUUCGGACCAUAAGUCACAGUUUUUUUUAUACUUUGGCCGGGCGUGCGACUUAUACUUAGGAGCGACUUAUGUGUGAAAUUAUUAACACAUUACCGUAAAAUAUCAAAUAAUAUUAUUUAGCUCAUUCACGUAAGAGACUACACGUAUAAGAUUUCAUGGGAUUUAUCGAGUGACUGAUUGUUUGGUAAACGUAUAGCAUGUUCUAUAUGUUAUAGUUAUUUGAAUGACUCUUACCAUUAUAUAUUACGUUAACAUACCAGGCACCUUCUCAGUUGGUUAAACGUACACUUAUUCAACCUAUUGUUCACUAUUCUCCAUUUAUUCUAAAUUGCCUUUCAAAUGUCUAUUCUUAGUGUUGGGUUUUAUCAAAUAAAGUUCCCCAAAAAAUGCGA